UCAACUAUUUUUACGCGUCCACCUUAGUGACGUUGGAUGUGGAAACGACACAUUUUGUGACGUGGUUCGUCGCAUGUUGCGUUGUUUGCUAUUCUUACUUAUAAGGACAUCCGCCCGUCGAGGCUGGGUGGGGGUUUUCUUGGGGGUCUCGCGCGCACGGACGGAAACAUGGCGGAGGCCGCGGCGGCGACAAUUGAACAACACCGGUUCUUCUGUCACGGCUGCAAGCGUGAAACGCAACCGCAGCUCCCGGAUUUUGUCUGCCCCAGUUGCAAGUCUGACUUUAUUGAGGAGGUGGAACAUGACUCCAGACUUCUGGAGAACUGCACACCAGAGACCAGGGACGACUCAAACUCAUUGUUCUCCGAACUGUGGCAGCUGUUGUUUAUGGAGCGCUCUGCUCUGCUGUCGCACCCGCCGGCGUCAGAGUCAGACCAGGAUGAGAGCGAGACCUUGCUUAGCGCUCCAAGUCAUCCUCCUGUAGCGGCACUGAGCGAUGCGGAGGUCAGAGAGCUCCGGUUUCUGUCCCAGCCUGGAGAGGGGAGGUCACCUGGACCUGAACAAAUGCCCCAAAUGGAAGGGAUUGUGCAGCACUUCUUGGCCGAUCUGUUGACAACCAACGGAAACGCCAGCGCUGCACCGGCUGCGUUAUCGAGCAUGCUACAACUGUACUCCAACCCGGCAGACUACGCAUGGGGUCAGGGAGGCCUGGAUACAGUCAUCACAGAGUUGUUAGGACAGUUGGAGAACACGGGUCCACCCCCCGCUGAAAAGAACAUGAUCUCAUCCUUGCCGACAGUUUGCAUUUCUCAAGAGCAAACAGACUGCAGACUGGAGUGUACAAUUUGUAGGGAGGAGUAUUCACCAGACGAAUCUGCCCGCAAGCUACCCUGCCUCCAUUUCUUCCACAGUGAAUGUAUCGUGCCCUGGCUUGAGUUGCACGAUACGUGUCCAGUGUGCCGAAAAAGCCUGGACGGUGUUGACAACAGCCUCCUCCGGCCCGCAUCGCAACCUCCCGAAGCUCGCGCCAUGAGGACAGAACAACAGGGCAGGCAGGCCAUCUGAGUUACGGCAACUUCACCUCCAUCCUGACGAUGAUCGUGGCCGUGACUUGCAGCUUGGGCUGGUCACUUAUUUUGCACAUUUUUCUUCUACGCACUAACUCGUCUGCGGCAGUUAAGCUUUGCGAGACCACAAUGCUCGUCGCUGCUUUCCUCAACGGCUGAUUCGGAACUUGUCACCACAGAGCGGACAGAAUUCCCUGGGAAACGACACUUUUUACAUGAAGACUGCGACGAAGACGGUGACCUAAUGUAUCCUCUUGAUCUCCUGUUUGUGAAGCCGCAAUUAAAGUUUGAUCAUUUCUUUA